GCCUCGGGGAGUCCCGCCGUGAGGGCCUGAGGGUGUCGGGAGACCGGACAGAUCCUUAAACCCCACGGGUGAAGGCACUGCAACUGUGGCCAGGUACACAAAGUGUGGAGCCCAGGUAAGGAUUACACUGUUGGCAGGGAAAUUGUCCCUCUGGAACUGUUUUAGUGACGUAGCUCCUGUCACUCCUAGUUCCUGGGCCACUUCCACUUCAGGCGCUCCAGUUCCAAUCAACAGUUCCCCUCUGCGAACCCAAAAAUGCACCAUUAACAAGGAGGGGGGGAUAACGCGACGAGACUAUAAUUCCCAGAAGCCGUCGCGGACUCCCACCAUCCGGGACACAGCUCGCACGCAUCUCUGGGCAUUGUAGUCCAACGCUUCAGCAGCGGCCCUCUAUCGAUGGUAAAAUUCCCGCCAGACACAGGACCACAAUUCCCAGCAAGCCUUGCUGCCGUGCGGGGGGUCUUCACGUUCUCGUGGCGCGGCGCAAGCGCACUGGGCCUUCGGCGCGGACCGCGCAGACUGAAUAAUAAAAGGGGAGCGGCGAAGAGGCAGGAAGACAGGACCAUGUCGAAGGGCCCCGGGCCCGGCGGCUCCGCAGCUUCCUCGGCGCCCCCGGCCGCUACCGCUCAGGUGCUGCAGGCACAGCCCGAGAAACCGCAGCACUACACGUACCUGAAGGAGUUCCGCACGGAGCAGUGUCCACUCUUUGUGCAGCACAAAUGCACACAGCACCGGCCCUACACCUGCUUCCACUGGCACUUUGUGAACCAGCGGCGCCGCCGGUCCAUUCGCCGUCGGGACGGCACCUUCAACUACAGUCCUGACGUCUACUGUACCAAGUACGACGAGGCUACAGGCCUUUGCCCGGAGGGCGACGAGUGCCCAUUCCUGCACAGGACCACAGGGGACACUGAGCGCAGGUACCACCUGCGCUACUACAAAACUGGAAUCUGCAUCCACGAGACAGACUCAAAAGGCAACUGCACCAAAAACGGCUUGCACUGCGCUUUUGCCCAUGGGCCUCAUGACCUCCGUUCCCCGGUCUAUGACAUCAGGGAACUCCAGGCCAUGGAGGCCUUACAGAAUGGCCAGAGCUCAGUAGAGGGCAGUAUAGAGGGCCAGUCCGCUGGAGCCGCCAGCCACGCCAUGAUAGAGAAGAUCCUCAGUGAGGAGCCUCGGUGGCAAGAAACCACUUACGUGCUGGGGAACUAUAAGACAGAGCCGUGCAAGAAGCCCCCACGGCUGUGCCGCCAGGGCUAUGCCUGUCCCUACUACCACAACAGCAAGGACCGGCGGCGGAGCCCCCGGAAGCACAAAUACAGGUCAUCUCCAUGUCCAAACGUCAAACACGGGGACGAAUGGGGAGACCCUGGCAAGUGUGAGAAUGGAGAUAGCUGCCAGUAUUGCCACACACGCACGGAGCAGCAGUUCCACCCGGAGAUCUACAAAUCCACCAAAUGCAACGACAUGCAGCAGUCGGGCAGCUGUCCCCGAGGACCCUUCUGCGCCUUUGCCCACGUAGAACAGCCACCCCUAAGUGAUGACCUCCAGCCUUCCUCAGCUGUGUCCAGCCCCACCCAGCCAGGUCCCAUCCUGUACAUGCCUUCUGCUGCCGGAGACUCGGUGCCUGUGAGCCCCUCCAGCCCGCAUGCCCCUGACCUCAGUGCCCUCCUCUGCAGGAACAGCAGCCUAGGCAGCCCCUCCAAUCUCUGUGGCUCCCCACCAGGCUCCAUCAGGAAGCCCCCGAACCUCGAGGGCAUGGUCUUCCCUGGGGAGUCGGGUCUCGCCCCUGGCAGCUAUAAGAAGGCCCCUGGCUUUGAACGGGAAGACCAGGUGGGAGCUGAGUACCUGAAAAAUUUCAAAUGCCAGGCCAAAUUAAAACCCCACUCACUGGAGCCCAGGAGUCAAGAGCAACCAAUGCUUCAGCCCAAACAGGAUAUGUUGGGCAUCCUCCCUGUGGGCAGCCCCCUGACUUCCAGCAUCUCCUCUAGUAUCACCUCCAGCUUGGCAGCUACUCCCCCUAGCCCUGUGGGCACCAGCAGUGUUCCUGGCAUGAAUGCAAACGCUCUGCCUUUCUACCCUACCAGUGACACAGUAGAGUCGGUCAUAGAGUCCGCCUUGGAUGACCUGGACCUGAAUGAGUUUGGGGUGGCUGCCUUGGAGAAGACUUUUGAUAACAGCACUGGGCCCCACCCAGGCAGCAUCACAAUCGGUGGAAGUCUGCUGCAGAGCUCUGCACCCGUCAACAUCCCCGGCUCCCUGGGCAGCUCUGCCUCCUUCCACUCUGCGUCCCCGUCCCCUCCUGUCAGCCUCUCCUCACACUUCCUGCAGCAGCCCCAGGCCCACCCGAGCCAGUCAGAAAACACAUUUUUGGGGACCUCAGCAUCACAUGGAUCUUUAGGUCUGAACGGGAUGAACAGCAGCAUCUGGGAGCAUUUUGCCUCUGGAAGCUUCUCCCCGGGCACUUCCCCUGCCUUCCUGUCAGGGCCAGGGGCUGCUGAGCUGGCCCGGCUUCGGCAAGAGCUAGAUGAAGCCAACGGCACCAUCAAGCAGUGGGAGGAGUCCUGGAAGCAGGCCAAGCAGGCUUGUGAUGCCUGGAAGAAGGAGGCAGAGGAAGCUGGGGAACGGGCCAGUGCCGCAGGGGCCGAGUGCGAGCUGGCUCGAGAGCAGCGGGAUGCGCUGGAGGUGCAGGUGAAGAAGCUCCAAGAGGAACUAGGACGGCUGCAUGUGGGCACCGAGCCCCAGAGCUUGCCCCCUUUCUCGGACCUGGAGGCCCUCUCUCUCUCCACCCUCUACUCUCUCCAGAAACAGCUGCGAGCCCACCUGGAGCAGGUGGACAAGGCUGUGUUCCACAUGCAGUCAGUGAAAUGCCUUAAGUGUCAAGAGCAGAACCGGGCGGUGCUGCCGUGCCAACACGCCGUCCUGUGCGAGCUCUGCGCAGAGGGCAGCGAGUGUCCUGUCUGCCAGCCCAGCCGGGCCCAUGCCCUCCAGUCGUGACCCUGAGUGCCUGGCCCGGCCUGGCCUGGCCAGCCCAUCCCUCCCCUAGGACUUUUUAAAGGAUAUAUCUAUAUAUAUAUAUAUGUAUGUAUGUACGUAUGUAUGUGUGUAUAUGUAUAUGAUUAUAUAUAUGUAUACAUUGCUGUGUGGGUAUGUGUGGUGGCCGCCGUGUGAGCAGUGUCUGUGUGUAUAUCUGUACAUAGAUGUAGACACACACUUUAAAGCAGACUUACCAAGCACUUUUUACAGACCUACUUGGCAGGCCUCCCCUGUCCUCCCACGCCUCUGACAGAUCCUCUGUUCUCUUUUUUUAAUGUAGGAACUAACUAUUUUUAACUUCUUCCUGGGCCUGCGCAGGGGAAGAGGCUGAGGGGGAGGAGAGAAGCCUUCAGGGCAGGCCCUGCUUGCCCUCCUUCUCCCAGCUGUGAACCGGUGGAGGCCUAUAGGAGGGGCCAGCUAUUGCUCGGGAGGACAGCAGAGCCUGGCAGGCCCAAGCUGCAGGACUAGCCCAGGCCCACAACUGGCCUCCUGAAGCGCACGGGCAAAGCCUGUUGUAUUAUUCAGGUCCAGAGGCCUGGGGCCCACCUGGCUCCUCCUGGACCCGUCAGAACAGCCUCCCUGUUCUGUGGGCACCGUCCUGAGCUGUCACCAACCCCUCCCCUCUGCCCUGGCCUGCCUGUGUGCUGUCCACCCCUCCCCCUGGCAGCUAGCAGGACAAUUGGUGGGGAGGAGUGUGAACUGAGGACCAAGGGGGCGCAGGCCCCGCCCUCCUGGCCAGGAGGGGCUCUUAUGCAUUCCUUGGUGCUCUCUGAGUGCAGCUGACGCCCUGCCCGUGGUGGGCAGACGCCUGUGUGCAUGUGUGUGCGUGCCUGUCCUGUGUGUACUGUGUCUUAGCUUCCAUUUUUAAAUUGUCUGUACAGAGAGAUGCAGCAGGGGUGGGGGGUGGAGGGAAGCCACUGUGUUCCCAGCACUUCCCAGCACCAGUGUCCUGGAGAGGCUGCCAGGGUCUGGUCCAGCCCAGUCCCUGCUCCCCUCUUGGGCUCAGCACGAAAGGGCUUUCAAUGAAUUAAGUGAAGACUUUCCUUUUUUACAAAAAUGCAAAAAUCAACAAAGCUCCAAACCUAUUGGAAAUAAAAUAGGAACUU